AUGCCUGUCGUCAUCUGGACUCCAGGCCCAUCCAGACGCAGAAGAACGAACUACAGGCCACAUGAGUUGGAAGUGUUGGAGGCUGCAUUUAGGGCUACCAGGAACCCCGACCGCCUCACUCGACAAGAGCUAGCCAACCGACUUGGCACAAAUGAGCGGCGAAUUCAAGUGUGGUUCAAAAACCGUCGAGCCAAGCUUCGCAGACUACCACAAUGA